GGGCGGCCCGGCGCCAUCUUGGUGCUGAGGGCGGAGCUGGGGGGGCUCGUCCUGGGCGCGGUGGCAGAGCCGCAGGGUGACAGACACAGCCUCGCUUGGCUUGGAGGUGACCUCGGGAGCAUCGUGUUCGUCCUGUGACCCAGCAUUACCGUGUCAGCCAGGCCAUCGCACUCGGUGCCAUGUCCAGUCUUCCCUUAAACGCCUCCAGGGACGGUUAUUCCACCACCUCCCUAAGCCGCCCGUUUCAAUGUCUGUCCACACUUUCUGUGGAGAAAUUACUCUCGAUGUCCAACCUUAACCUCCCCUGGUGCAGCUGGAGGCCAUGUCCCCUUGUUGCUAUUACCUGGGAGAAGAGGCCGAUCAUCACCUGCCUACAACCUCCUGUCAGCUGCAGCAGUGGGUGGCAGAGAGAGGGCAGGGUACCAGAGCGAAUCACGCUGAGCUGGGAGCACCGGAGCAAUGCCGGCCCGGCCCGCCUGGUGGCAAACUGCUUUCACGGGAAUCGCCUCUCCGUUCACCAGCUCCAGGAACAACAAAUGCGCUCUCUGGGAACGAACGCCGUAAUCUCAUCCCCGAGCAUUUUCGUAUUUUCAGGGCCCUGCUCAUCCCUCUCGAAUAACAACACUGCCUCCAUCAGAUACUGUCUUAACAAACGCGGAGUUCGUGCUGCAGAGAUAGCGUCUGUGUCUCAAACUUCACAGAGUUUCUGGGGGCAAAAGUUUUCUCCAUCUUCUCCCUGUAGUCCUGGAACGGCAGAAAUCAAUAUUCUGACAUCUGUAAAUCCUUUGUUCCCCUUUUCACCAGGGCUUUAUCAGCUUUGGGAGGGAGGGAUGUGGGGGGAAGAGGGCGUUGAGAGAGCCAUUGUCCCUUCUCUCGGGAAUGAUCUGGAACUACUAUGCAAAUCUUUAUUUGAAGACCCUGGGAACUGGGGGAGGGCUUUAGCUGCGAGCUCAGUGGGAGGGGAGCUCUGAAUCCCUGCUCACACACUCUUGCCUAGUGCAAGGAGCUGGGAAGAGUCUUUUGAACGAGCAGAAGAGACAUUUUGUGCUUUGUGCGCUCCUGUGAGGCUUUGCACUCUUUAUGUCUCCUGUUAUGUGCCUUUUUUUUUUUUUUCUGCCUACUUCUUCUAAAUGUUUGCAUAAGAAUUGGGGGUGGGGGGGAGAGAUCCAAGAGCUGCGAUUAGCAGUGAUGAAGUCAGAAGGGUGCAGGGUGCAGCACCUCUCCUGCCCCCCUCUCACACCCUGAAGUCUCCCACCAAGCUGUGGAGCAGCUGCAGUGGUUCUAACACACCUACAUCCCGAUUGCUGGCAUUAGCAUAUGGCACAGACACAGAUUCAGUAAAGCAAAUGAUUCAGCUGGUCAGGAGUAGUGGAGUAGAAUAAUUUGCAGUUCUGAAAUUAUCACGCUGUAGCCAGGCCUUAAGAAGCCACCUCUUUCAGGGGCAAAGACCCACAGAGCAGAGCCUGCUUUGUGAAACCCUGUGGUCUGUCCUGGCUUGGCUCUGAGCUCCGUGUCACCUGUUUUGUAUUAGGGCAGGGUCACAGUAACUGCCAAGUUUCCGGGAAGUUAUGUAGGGUCCUCCAUAGGUCUCAUGGAAGGGGAGAUAUCCUGGCCUGACUUUGUAGCCACGUGGAUGGACAGUGGGGGAAGGACAGUGCAGAUGCAAACUGUAGGUAUUUUUGUGUUUAUAACUACUGUAAAGGUAGUCACAGUCCUUUUGAUUUCCUGAUCUUCAUUUUCAGGUCAUCUGUCUCGUUGUUUAUUUUUCAAACUUGGAGGGGUUUAAUGUUCCAGAAAACUAAAAUUUGCUUUUGAACAAUGACAGCCCUGGAAAAUGCAACACUACUUAUUCUCUCCUGGACAGCUGAGAAGAUGUGACCAUUUAAAAAUCUCAUCUGUCAAAACUGUAGGAGCACACGCCCUGAGCUCUGAUUCUGUGUUACAUCCCACGUAAAAGCUAAAGCAGUGGAAACCACUGGUGUUUGUCCUGCAAGUACUUUGCUCUUUUGUGGAGGGAAAGUGCAUCACAAGCUUGGUCUCCUAUGCACAAUUGGGUCUGAAUCUGCUCUCAUUUUCCAUGUGUAACUCUAGAAUGACUCAGCUGACUGGGGUGAACCCCUGGAAUUGUGCUAGCUGGAAACCAGCCUGGAUAUGCCCUCUGGCUCCUACCACCAGGGAACUCCUGUAGCUGUGACAUUGUAGUGGGAGGUGGAGACACCUCGAGGAGAAGGUCAAGACAGACAGCAGCAACUACAGUCAAUAACAUCCUGACUUGCCUUGAUUACAGGUGGCUGACACCCGCCAUGAGAGAGGCAACCGAGGGUUUGGUGUGCUGUACACCAAAGACAACUUGUCUCAUGUGUGAUAGUCAGGCUGCCCUGCCCGUGGGAGGAGAUUUAGAGAGCACCGCUGCUUUUUGCAAAAUGUUCAUCGGGGGACUGAGCUGGCAGACCACGCAAGAGGGCUUGCGGGAGUACUUCAGCCAGUUCGGCGAGGUGAAGGAGUGCCUGGUGAUGCGGGACCCGCUGACAAAGAGAUCCAGGGGCUUCGGGUUCGUCACGUUCAUGGACCAGGCUGGCGUCGACAAGGUCCUGGCCCAAUCCAGACAUGAACUGGACUCCAAGACGAUUGACCCGAAGGUAGCGUUCCCUCGCCGAGCACAGCCCAAGAUGGUGACCCGAACGAAGAAGAUAUUUGUGGGUGGUCUGUCUGUGAACACUACUGUGGAGGAUGUGAAACAAUAUUUCGAGCAGUUCGGGAAGGUGGAUGAUGCGAUGCUGAUGUUUGACAAGACAACCAACCGACACCGAGGAUUUGGGUUUGUCACAUUUGAAAGUGAAGACAUUGUGGAAAAAGUGUGUGAAAUCCACUUCCAUGAGAUCAACAACAAAAUGGUGGAGUGUAAAAAAGCUCAGCCGAAGGAGGUGAUGUCCCCAACGGGCUCUGCACGAGGGCGAUCCCGAGUAAUGCCUUACGGGAUGGAUGCCUUCAUGCUGGGGAUCGGCAUGCUGGGUUAUCCAGGCUUCCAAGCUGCUACCUACGCGAGUCGAAGUUACACUGGUAUUGCACCUGGUUACACUUACCAGUUCCCUGAGUUCCGUGUAGAGCGGACCCCUCUCCCGAGUGCCCCCGUCCUCCCUGAGCUCACAGCAAUCCCCCUCACUGCGUAUGGACCGAUGGCGGCAGCAGCGGCUGCAGCGGCCGUGGUGCGAGGGACAGUUCUGCUGCCUGCUGUAGGUUCCACCCCCAGUCGCACCGGUGGGUUUCUGGGCACCACCAGUCCCGGGCCAAUGGCAGAGCUUUAUGGAGCCGCCAACCAGGACUCAGGGGUCAGCAGUUACAUCAGCGCUGCCAGUCCAGCCCCGAGCACUGGCUUUGGACACAGCCUAGGGGGUCCCUUGAUUGCAACAGCUUUUACCAAUGGGUAUCACUGAAGCUGGGGACCAAGAAGGCAGGAGAUUCCCCAGUGACCUAACCGAGGACAGCGAGUGGCUGGAGGAUCUGGUGAGCCUCGGGGGAUGAGCCAAGGUUACCUUUCUCUUGAAUCAAACUGCACACUGCCGGCUGGCUGCCAGGCUCCUGCCGCCCUGCCCGAUCUCUCCCUUUGACCAGACCACACUGGACUGAACCCGAGGAGAUCAUCUCGCUUUCCUACUAACCACCGACGGUUUACGCUUCCCCCUCCCUGCCCCCAGCCCACUGAUUCUUCUUUUAUUUAUUUUAUUAGCUGUUAGUUUUAUUUUUUUAUUUUAUUUUUUUAUCUUUUUUGGGGGCUGCCCCUUCUUUUUGUUGUUUGCUCUUUCCCGAGCUAGUAGACAUAUUUUAUGAAUUGGCUUUGUGAUUGUGUUAGGUAGUUUUCAUUGAGGAGUAUUUUUAUUUGGCUUUGAAACUGUUUUGAAUAUUUUCAACUCUGUUGUUGUCGUCAGUGUUUUUAAAGCACGGUAUGUAACAAGAAUGCAGUUCUGAAGGGAAGAAAGAGACAGAGAGAGAGCAAAGGCUGAGAGGAACUGCUGUAUUUCUAUUUUUUUUAAAGAAACUGUUUUUAAUUGUUUCUGUUUUGUAAAUGUGAGGCUUUGAAAAGUGUGAAACUCCAAGGAUCCGAAAACGUUGGACAUCGCUAUGGAACAAAACAAAUGUAUAUUUUGCUAAGUGAAAAACACUAUCCUUACAGCUGAAAGAUUUUUUUUUUCCUAGGUUUAGUUUUAUGUGGGGUUUUCUUUUUCCUCCUGUAUAAUAUGUAAAUAUCGUGAGCUGAACCUGGCUGCUGCCUGCAGCCUGGCUUCAAGGAGCAGCUCCAGGUCCUGGACUUGGUGCCGCAGCGUGAGCAAUACUCUCCAGCAGAAUCCUGACAGGACUUCGUUCUUUUUUUGUACACCUUUUACUGUAAGAUUUUAAGACCUCUGAUGAGAUGAGAUGAAAGGGGGGCGGGGGGGUGGGUGGGGUGAAAUGUACCAGCCAUCGGCUGUUUUGCUGAGCGGGUUAAAGCUGCUUCCAAUUGCUUGAUGUACAGACUCCAUCCCUGGGCUCCGUAGCGCCGGCUCUGGGCUGGCUUAGGGAAAGGGCUUUGCUGCCGUUGCUUGUCUUGGUUACUUUGAAAGGAAUUCACUCUCCAAACUUUAUCGCUUGCGUCAAGAUUUCUUGGGAAAGGGGAUCCUCCUCCGGAGGUGAGGGUAUCAGAAGGGGUGUCAGCCAGGGGGAGAUUUGGGUAGUCAUUCUCUGAAGGGCAGGGCUCUGGGAUGGGGAUUCAUUAACAGGGGAGAAAAGCAUUAGGGUGGUGAUUUGGGGGCGGGUUAAGGGCUUCUCAGGGAUUAUAUGAAUUAUAGAAUUGCAGCUUCCCAUUUGCUUUACUCUGUGUUCUGAAGACUGUGGGAAUUUGUCCGUUGUCCUGUGCGGGGUGAUCUGGUCCCUUCUCCAGAACCUGCUGGGGCUCCCCCUGGUUUGGUCCAAGCCCCUGCUAACCAGCACUCUGCCAGGGGAGGCCUCCAGCAGGAGUACACGGGGCAGGUUUGGGUCUGGAUUUCAGUGAACCAAAGACCUUGUUAAGGGGGGUGAUUAAGCCUUUUAUUAAGAUGCAGCCAAACUCUUUUCCCAGGGAAAUAACAGCUUCAUCUUAAGUUUUAAAAAUCAUUCCCUCUCUUCCCCCAAACUGAGCCCCCUGUAAAGGAGAUGGGCAUUUAGAAAAGGACUGGGAGGGCCACAGUGCCCACAGGGCCCUUUUUCUCUUCUAUUUCUCCCCCAUCUGCUGGAACUUGUCCUGACCUGGGCGAUGCGUUUGGAGAGUUCUGUUUAGGUAAGAAGGUACUUAACAGAUCAGUACUGAAAACACAAAGCAAUAAUUUUUGUUACUGAGACAAGAGUCUGUAUGUCUGUUUUUUUAAAUAUUUCCUAAUUAAAGAAGAGCUGCAUUUUAUUGGGUUUAUUUUUAUUCUAUAUACUUCAAAUUUGGGUCUGCAGACAGCGCUUUCCUCCCUCUUGGUGUAUGCGCUGAGCUGCUUCCGUGCCCCCUCCAGACAUCCCGGGCCAGCUGUGCUGCUGCUGGGCUGUGAGUCACUCUCUGGCCACUGCCUGGAGGCUGGGGCUCUGGUUUCAGGGUGGGCAUUUUUUUAAAAAGAAAUAAAGCUGUGUUUUUAAGCCAGUAAGUUAUUACACUCCAGUGUUUGUUCUCUCCACACCUGUAACCCUUUUUCCAGAUUUCAGUUUUAAAUUCCUAAUAAAUUAUUUGAAAACUGUC